AUGGCUGCUCUCACUGCCUUUGGCGCCGGCAAGGUGCUCGACCACACCACUGCCCUCAAUGUCCUCAAGGAGUACAAGACUGCGGAUGGUCUCGAUAUCCACGAGCUCAUGGACACCACCAAGCAUGGCGGUCUUACCUACAAUGAUUUCCUGCUGAUGCCUGGCUACAUUGGCUUUCCUGCCUCGGCCGUCACCCUCGACUCUGCCAUCACCAAACGCAUCACUCUCAAGACUCCUUUUGUGUCCUCCCCCAUGGACACUGUCACAGAGCACGAGAUGGCUAUCCACAUGGCACUUCAGGGCGGCCUGGGUGUCAUUCACCACAACUGCUCCCCCGAUGCCCAAGCCGACAUGGUCCGCAAGGUGAAGCGUUAUGAGAACGGUUUCAUCCUUGACCCCGUCGUCAUUGACCGCAAUACCACUGUCGGCGAGGCUAAGGCCCUCAAGGAGAAGUGGGGAUUUGGCGGUUUCCCUGUGACUGAGGAUGGCAAGCUUGGAUCCAAGCUCCUGGGUAUUGUCACCAACCGAGACCUCCAGUUCGAGGACGAGGCCGAUGCAAACGUCGCCAACGUCAUGGUGACCGAUCUUGUGACUGCUCCCGACGGCGUCACCCUUCUCGAGGCCAACAGAAUCCUGGCAAAGUCCAAGAAGGGCAAGCUGCCGAUUGUGGACAAGGACUUCAACCUCGUCUCCAUGAUUUCUCGCUCCGAUUUGACCAAGAACCAGCACUUCCCCUUGGCCUCCAAGCUGCCCGACAGCAAGCAGCUUCUCUGUGCCGCUGCUAUUGGUACUCGCCCUGAGGACAAGCUCCGCUUGAAGAAGCUUGUUGAUGCAGGUCUUGAUAUUGUCAUCCUGGACAGCUCUCAGGGUAACAGCAUGUACCAGAUUGAGAUGAUCAAGUGGUGUAAGCAGGAGUUCCCUGGACUUGAUGUUAUUGGUGGCAAUGUUGUCACUCGGGAACAGGCUGCUUCUCUCAUUGCUGCCGGUGUCGACGGCCUCCGAAUUGGUAUGGGCAGUGGCUCUGCUUGCAUUACCCAGGAGGUCAUGGCUGUUGGCCGUCCUCAAGCCGCUUCUGUCUACUCCGUCAGCAGCUUUGCUGCCCGCUUCGGCGUGCCUUGCAUUGCUGAUGGUGGUGUCCAGAAUGUUGGCCACAUUGUCAAGGGUCUUGCCCUUGGUGCUUCCACUGUCAUGAUGGGAGGUCUCUUGGCUGGUACCACUGAGUCUCCCGGCACCUCGUUCGUUUCUCGCGAGGGUAAGCUCGUCAAGGCUUACCGUGGCAUGGGCAGUAUCGAUGCCAUGCAGGACAAGAAGGCUGGUGGCGGCGGCAAGGACAGCCAGAAGAGCAACGCUGGUACUGCUCGAUACUUUUCCGAGGGUGACAGCGUUCUGGUUGCCCAGGGUGUUUCGGGAUCAGUCGCUCACAGAGGUUCUAUCAACAAGUUUGUUCCCUACCUGGCUGCUGGUCUCAAGCACUCCAUGCAGGACUGCGGUAUGCAGAGCUUGGCUCAGCUCCACGAAGGCGCUGCCAAUGGCACCGUUCGCUUCGAGCUCCGCACUGCCAGUGCACAGAUGGAGGGUAAUGUGAACAUGGAGGCAUAUGAGAAGAAGCUUUAUGCUUAA